AUGUCUGAACAAAAAAAUCCUGCAACUGCUGCUAACGCACAAACUGCAAAUGUUAAGAAGCAACAUCAAUCUCAUAAAAAGUCUUCUAAAUCUAAAUUACAAGUUAGUUUGAAAACACCAAAGGGUACCAAAGAUUGGGCAGAUAAAGAUAUGGUAAUUAGAGAAGCCAUUUUCUCUACGUUGUCCAGUAUAUUUAAACGUCAUGGUGGUGUUACCAUCGAUACUCCAGUGUUCGAAUUAAGAGAAAUUUUAGCCGGUAAAUAUGGUGAAGAUUCUAAAUUGAUUUACAACUUGGAAGACCAAGGUGGUGAAUUGACUUCUUUACGUUAUGAUUUAACUGUCCCAUUUGCUAGGUUUGUUGCUAUGAACAAUAUCGAAAAAAUUAAGAGAUAUCACAUCGCCAAAGUUUACAGAAGAGAUCAACCUGCCAUGACCAAGGGAAGAAUGAGAGAAUUCUACCAAUGUGAUUUUGACAUUGCCGGUAAUUAUGACCCAAUGGUUCCAGAUUCUGAAUGUUUAUCUAUUUUAGUUGAGGGUUUAACUAAAUUGGGUAUCCAUGACUUUAAAAUUAAAUUAAACCACAGAAAAAUCCUAGAUGGUAUUUUUCAAAUAGCAGGUGUUAAAGAUGAAGAUGUUCGUAAGAUUUCUUCUGCUGUCGAUAAACUAGAUAAAUCACCAUGGGAAGUUGUUAGAAAGGAAAUUACAGUUGAAAAGAACCAAACAGAAGAAACCGCUGAUAAAAUCGGCGAAUAUGUGAAAUUAAACGGUACUUUGGAAGAGGUCUACGAUAUUUUAUCAAAAGAUGAAUCUAUUUCAAGCAAUGAAAAGGCUAAACAAGGGUUGGAAGAAAUUGCAAUUUUAAUUUCAUAUGUUAAAGCUUUUGGUAUUGAGAGAUUCAUUUCUUUUGAUUUGUCUUUAGCUAGAGGUUUAGAUUAUUAUACAGGUCUGAUCUAUGAAACCGUUACUUCUGCUUCUGCUCCACCAAAAGACGCCGCUGAAUUAAAGGAGAAGGCAAAAAAGAACGUUAAGAAGGGUGAAACUGCAGAUGAAGAGGAUGUCUCUGCAUAUGUUGGUGUUGGCUCUAUAGUUGCUGGUGGUCGUUAUGAUAAUCUAGUCAAUAUGUUUUCUGAAGCUUCCGGCAAGAAAUCUGCUCAAAUACCAUGUGUUGGUGUCUCCUUUGGUGUUGAAAGAAUUUUUUCCUUAGUUAAACAAAGACAGGAAUUAGCUGCUAAUAUUAGAUCAACUUCUACCCAAGUAUUUAUUAUGGCUUUCGGAGGCGGUAAAGACUGGAAUGGUUAUUUACCAGAAAGAAUGCAAAUUGCUAAAAAAUUGUGGAAUGCAGGAAUUGAAACCGAAUAUUUGUACAAAGCUAAGGCCAACCCAAGGAAACAAUUUGAUGCUGCAGAAAAAAGUGGCUGUCCGCUUGCUGUCAUAUUGGGCAAAGAAGAGUAUUUACAAGGCAAAUUACGGGUUAAGAGAUUAGGCCCAGAAUUUGCUCAUGAUGAUGGUGAAGUUAUACCAAUCGAUGAUGUUGUUAAGGUCGUUAGUGAAAAAUUAUCUCAAGUUCAUGAAGAUGGUGUUGAUGAAAUCCAAAAAUUAUUGCAAGGAUUAAGGUAA